UAAAGAGGAGUCCCCAGCUUUGGGGAUCUAUGCUUGUAAAUCCAGCCCCGGGCCUGGCCAGCCCCUGCAGCAAGGAUGCUCCGGGGAUUUCGGAGAAGCCGCAAGAGCCAGUUCAAACACAUCACCCCUGGCCUCCUCCCUGCAGCCACCAUCGCUCCAAAACCAGCUGUACCUCGAACACCUCCUCCCCGAAGCCCUAAUGUAUCUCCAGAGAGACCAAGAUCUGCUCUGGCUGCAGUCAUUCUGGCAACAACACUGACUGGGCGGACCGUUGCCAUUCCCCAGCCUCGCCAGAGAUCCCGAUCUGAAAGUGAGGUCUCCAUCGUGGAAAAGGACAGCUUCAUCCAGCCCUAUGCCACCAGCUCAGAGCACGGGCUUGGACCGACAUGGCAGAAUGAGUUGGGAAGAAGAACUUCUUUACCAUCCUUUGAAACACUGGGCUGUGGGGAUGAAGAGGACUCUGAAAUGCAGGCGUUGUCCAGUGACAAGGAGCUGGGCAAUGGCAGUGCCUGGAAAGAAGAAGGAGGUCAUAGUGAUGCUGUGUAUGCUACAUCACACAAAAAUCAGGUACCAUGGUCACACAAAGUGGACAGUGAAGAUGAUGACAAUAUUUCUGAGCAAGAUGGACUUCCAGGUUCCUUACCUCUUACACCACAGCAUAUACAACAAAAAGAUAGUAAACACUCUGUUCUGAAUUUAAAGGAUGAAAAAACACCAUUAUGUGAAAAACCUCCUCCUUCCCCAGAUGUAACUGGUAGAGCGCGUCAAAGAUGUGUAGAAAUAACCAAAGAAAAGUUUGAGGAAUUAAAAGAAGAAAAUUUGCACCUAAACAAUAAAAAUCAAAGCCUUACCGUUGAGCUAUGUGCAAUAAAACAAGCAAUGAAAGAAUUACAGUUAAAACUAAAGAGAAUGGAAAAAGACAAUGAAAGGCAGAAAGAGGCUGAGAAAGCAUCCUCUCAGGAAGGAGUUACUGCACCUGAAUUACUUUAUCUAAGGAAACAAGCUCAAGAACUGGUAGAUGAAAAUCAUGGGUUGAAAAUGACUGUUCAUCGUUUGAAUGUAGAGCUGAGUCGUUAUCAAACAAAAUUCAGACAUUUGUCCAAGGAAGAGAGCUUACAUACUGAAGGCCUCCCAUCAAAAGGCCCUAUACCACCCUGGCUGUUGGAUAUAAAGUGCCUUUCACCGUUGUUGCUAGCUUAUGAAGAUAGAAUGAAAGAGAAGGAUGAGCUUAAUGCCACCCUCGAGGAGGAAAUGAGAAUGUUUAGGAUGCGAGUCCAAGAAGUGGUGAAAGAGAAUGAAGAAUUGCACCAAGAGUUAAAUAAGAGUAGACCUGUUACCAGUGAUGAAUGGCAUCAGCUUCAGACUCAAGCAGAACUAGUUUUAGAGGAGAACAAGUUGUUGAUAGACCAGUUGGCGAUUCAGCAAAUGAAAGCCAAGGAUGCUCACCAGGAGCAUCUCCAAGAAGUGUCUAAGCUGACUAAACAACUCAUGCUCUUGGAAACUAAAACACAGGGCCAGGAAAAGAAGCUGAUGGAAAACAAACAGCAGCUGGAGAGUUUAGAGACCAAAUGUCAGGAACUUAAAGCACACUUGGACGGCAAGAUUGCCAUGGAAGUUCAUACUUCAAUUGUAAAUGAGUUAAAAAGCCAACUGAAGAAGGAAGAAGAGAGAGGGAGUGCUGAGCUGGAAGAGCUGAUGGAAAAGCUGACAGGAUUGCAAGUGCAGAAAAAGAGCCUGCUUCUAGAGAAGAGCAACUUGACAGCUAGAAACAAAGCACUGGAGGCCGAACUUGAAAAAACCCAGAAAACAAAUAGGAGAUACCAAAAGAAAAUCGAUAUCCUCAAAAAGCAAGUGGAAAAAGCCAUGGGGAGUGAAAUGUCUGCUCGCCAGAACCUGGCAAAUCUUGUUGGGGUAGCAGAGAACAUAACACAGGAACGAGACAGUCUUAUGUGUUUGACUAAAUGUUUAGAAAGUGAAAAACACGGAGUCCUAAAUACAAUCAUAAAAGGCAAUAUUCGCUUGGGAAAGUUAGAGGAAAAAAUCAAGGCGUAUAAGAAGCAGGCAGCACUGAAACUGGGGGACAUCAAUCACCAACUGCUGGAGCAGCAAGAGCACUUUGCCGGCAAGAAAGCCCAGUACCAGUGGAAGAUGCGGCAGCUCCACCAGAUGCUGCAGGACAAGCAGGAGGUCCUGGAUGAAGCCCUGCAGCAGAGAAGAGAAAUGGAAGGUGAGCUUGAGAUUAUUUGCAAGUCUGCCUCCAAGGAAAACCAAAGAAUCCGAGAACUUCUCCAGACCACACUAGCAGGGAAAGGCCUGUGGGACAACAAGGCUUUCAAGUAUGCGUGCCUCGAAGGCACCGCUCAGGGAGACCUGCUGGAUGGGCACAGCGCCAGCUUCUGCGACGGGAAGCCUCUCACCUCCACCUGCCAGAGUCUGCAGGAGCCAGUGGAUUAGGCGCCAUGGCCUGAAAGGUCUGCCUCCCACCAGCUGACACAGGGCAGCAUCCGUCCGCAAGAGCCAGCAGUGGCCAGGGAAAUGCAGAGGCCCAGCAAGUGCUAGAGCAAGGAAGAAAUAAACUCGAGGGAGUUUAAUUGGUUAUUUACAUUUUGCUUUUCUUAACAAUGUACUGCUGAGAUUAUAUUUCAUCCAGGUCAUGUCCUCUAGCUGCAUUGCCACUCAGACUAUGUCAUUGCUCAGGUUAGCAGGUGGCCUGCUGGGCUGGCCUGUUUACAGGCCUCUAGAUCUGCAGCUGAGUAAGCUCUGGAAGGAAUGGAGGAGCUGGAGGAGCACAUUCUGUGUGUCAGAUAAACGGCUGGAUGAGGCAGCUGAUGGAGCAGCAGUAAUGACAGCUUAUGCCUCUGUCCUGGGUGGGCAAAAAAGUAAGGUGCUGGUCCUCAUGUCCCAGGGAGUAGAACCAGAGGCUUUCUGCCUUCUCCUAGUCCUCCUGGUUCUCUUGGGAAGAUACUAGGGCCACUCAUUGAGAGCUCUCCCUUUGAGCACCCAGGUGGGGUCCCUCUACUGUUGCCACCAACAAGGACACUAGGGGGCCCAUGUUCUGUUCCUCUCUAUGGCUUCUCAGGUAGGUUUUCCAGUCUCUUAGGACCACCCAGUGGGACUCCUGGUGGAAGUGCCAGCCAUUCAGGGCCACCUGCUCCAGGCAUGCUGGACGAACUCAGGAACAUCAAGACCCUAAACAGAAUCCUGGAACACAUCCUUCAACAAAACCCCCAGUGGCUAAAUUUUGUAUUGUUUUAGGGGUUAAGUAGGCCCUGGUUCUUGUCAUUAGUCAUGUGUAGGAGUCACCUUUGAGUGCUAGCUGGAAAAUUAGGGUAGAAUGUCAUAUCUUUUACAUUUUAUUGAAUUUGUUCAAUAGCUAAAACAUUGCAAUUUAAUUUUAUUUUUCAAAGGGUAGAAAGGUUCAACAGAAUUUAAAACUGUGUAACAUCUCCUUAGGAGAUGUAAAUAAUUAGUAAAUAACUUUUUUAUUUCAAAGGAA